UAUAUGAUUUCUUAAAACAAAGAAAUAAACCACGAUCAUAUACGCUUGUACUACAAGGCGUAUAUUCAGAAUUAAAAUAUUACAGUAUGUCUGGCUACAAAAAUACAACUGGUGUUUUGGCAGCUUAAGGUAUUUCGUCUCUUCAAAGUUUAUUUUCAAAAUGCCAGUUCACAGAAAAUAAUAAUGACUCCCUUUUGAAUAUUGGGUCUAUACUGUAUAUUUUUAAUUGGAUACAGAAGUGGAUGAAUGUGUGUGUGUGUGUCUUAUUUCCUGCUUCUGGAGUUUUGAAAGCGGUGGAAAUGUUUUUUCUUCGGCUCCUGGUGUGUCGCCGUCGCUGUUCACGUCCCGUGCUACUUUUAGUGGUAGCAAUCUGUCUUUAUCAAACAAGGGGACGGUUUAAAUCGACCACUGGUAACAGUAACGGGUCAGCGGAGACACCAGAGGGCCGAUUGAACGAAAUACUCCCAAGAAACCAACAGAGUCUAUUUGCUUUGCUGGAUGCUUUACAGAACGCAACAGACGUUGAAUAUUUUCACAGUACGCAGGCUGGAGUCCUGAAGAAAGCAGUUCUGUUACCUGGGCAGCACUCGGCGAGUGAAACAGAGAUCCAGCUCUAUCGGCGUGUCUUUGCACAGCACGGGUAUUUGGUCAGUGUGUCAAGAUUUGCUGAGAAGGGCCACAUCUUCAAACAAGAAACCAAUGAGCAAAGACCAGUUUUUAAAAUGAAGAAAUACAUUUGGUGGUCCACUAUGAAAGAUAACGUUAUUACCUGGGAUAUCCUGAUUUGUUUACAAAGUUCUGAAACAAACUGUCCUAAAAGUGAAGACUUUGACAAACUAAAACCUCAUCAGAAGGUAAACACCAUUCCUUGGAUUAAACAAACAUUCUUUGGUAAUGAUGGAGUAUGUCACCUUCUUGACAGAUUGGCAGAGCUACAGAUUCCAGUUGCUUCCUCUGCUUGUGGGGAUCACAGAGUUCAGCCAACGGAUACCAGCCGGACUGCCAAGGCUGGGAGGUUCCAGACAAAUGCUCCUCAGAGACCUAUAAUGGGACACGGUGUUUUUGCCAUUGUCAAAGUGUAUGUGCUUGUUACAUCUGUAACACCUCUGACAGCGUUCUUUCAUUCAACUGGACUGGUUAAGAGUGGCCUUGUUAAAAACAGCUAUGCAACAAAGCUGGAUAUGUUUUUUGAGAAAUACCUUGGAACAGAAGCCUCACUGCAGGCUUUGGAAAACGUGAAGGAGAACUUAGGCAAGCUGUUAAUGGCAGCAGAUUUAUCGAGUGAAACGUCAACCAUGGGACCAAAGACAUUGAAGAGAUGUAGAUUAUGUUUUCAGCUGCUGAUCUUUACCCUUGGGUUUAAUUAUUCCUUAGUCCCCACAUUUCUUAAGGUACAGGAUGAAUUGGACUUUGAAGAUCUAGAAGACCCAGGUUUUGAUGGUCAAAUCACAAAAGAAUGUAUCCUUGAAGAUACAUUAAACUUUGUAUUACCCAGCUACAGUGAAAUUGACAGACUACAUGAAGCCUUCCAAAAGAGGAGCACAGAAUUAGGGGGGAAGGAUGAUGGAUGCAUCCAAAUUCAAGGCCUGUGUCUUACUUCUGAGGACUUUGAGUUAAUUAUUCAGUAUUUAAGGAAACUGAAAACCCCAGGAGCUUUUGAAUUGCUUUAUCCAUCUGCUUCUCCCAAACUCCAAAGACUGCUGAAGGAUAUUUCCAAGAGAUUUCACCAAAAAGGAGAAACGUCUGUCAUUCAAACGAAUUUCUUCCUCACAGAGUUACUACAAACACUCUACCCAGUCAACUUGCAAAGCAGUAUUAUAAACUCUAUAUGGACCACAGACCCUGAUAAUCUCAGAAAAGUGCCAUUUGGUGUUUUUGAAAAGACCAAACAACAACUUGAGAAGUGUACGCUCCCCCACAUCAGACAGAUCUACACCUACCCCCCACUGGAGCUAACACCCCGGUUUAGUCCCAAGAUUAAAGAUUACUACUCCGAAGUGCCUUUCGAUGUGGUGACAGUGAAGAUAAGAGCAGAGCCUGUUGACUGUCGCUGCCAGGUGCACCUGGAAGAUAGAAAGGGACCCAGAACGGCUAAUUACCCAGUUGGCCUUGGCAGCAGCAGAAUCAACAUCUUGGUGGUUAACGAAUCUCAGCCAGAGCCUGUUGUCAUGACAAUCUAUACCCUCAACAUUUACAGAGAAAACAGGCCCAGUCUGCCCAUAUUUGAUGAAUAUAUGAUGUGCGGAUUUCUACAGGACUGCGGUUUGGUAAUCCAGCCUGAGGAGCCAUGUGGCUUGGAGACUCUCCCCAGCAGCUACCUCUCUCUGGGUUCCCAGGGUCAGGUACAGGCCUGCAACUCUGGAGAUGCCAAAGGCCGUUGGAUUGUUCCAUGUCUGAGCUGCGCUGAUAACAGAACCUGUGACUGGAGAGAGGUAUCUUGGCAACCAGAAAACUGUUACCAUCCCGUGUUAAACAAGUCUCAGCUCCAAACAUGCAUGGAAGGAAAAAAGGUUAUUUUUAUCGGUGAUUCAACAAACAGAGGGAUGAUGUACUACCUCAUGGAACGUGUGAAUGAGACUCUUGAGGAAUGGGACAAGGCUCAUGACACUAAACUCUAUCACAAUGUCAACGGUGAAAACACUUUCCUCAGCUAUUCCUAUUACCCUCAGUUCUGGCUCAGCAAAGACCAAAGACCAACAUUUGAAAAGGCUUUAGAGCAGCUUAUACAAAGAUCCCGACCUCUAGAAAACACAGACCAAACCGUGCUCGUUGUAGGAGGUGUUCAGUGGCUUAAUACCAAUCACCUGCAAAUUAUACAGAAGGUCCUGAAAAGAGAGAAUCUUUCAAGCAUCCUUGUUGUGAUGAAGUCAUUAGGAAUGGGAUUUCAUUUCCCAGCAGAUGGGAUCCGAUCUCUUUCUCUGAAUGGUGUUAAAGAUCUUUAUAGUGAAAAUACCAGAAUCCUCAUUGCUGCAAAGAAGUGUGGCUAUGAAGUCAUUGAUACCUUCAGUAUUACAAUGGGUCGCUACAAGGAGUUCCUUCAGGGGAGGUGUGCCUGCCACUUUCACGAGGUAGGGAAGCUUACAUUUUCUAAAACGACUAUUCACAGAAAAAUGAAGCUCUCCACACACUCUGGGAAAGGUUUCAGAAGUAACAGCAAGCUACCAGGACUGCAAGACUUUUUGUCCAUUUCUAACUCGCCUUAUCAUGUCAAAGGUCCAAUAAAUCAAGUUUAUUCUGAAAUCCUUCUCAGCAGGAUCUGCAUGAAUAAAAGGAGACGUACAAGCACAUAACCCCAGUAAGAUAAAGUCUACUGCAAAGACUAAGACUCCCUGCUUCCCUCGAGAUCAGUCCAAGAACCACAUUGACUCUGUUCCAUUCGACUGUGAUUGGCUGCAAGCAGUACAACCAAAGACAUGUGACACAUUUUUUGGCUUUAUGAGAUCAAGAUGUGCCCCUCUAGAUCUGUGGUUUGAGAAUGGCAGAUGGAGAGAGACAGAAAACCAAUGUGACUUGAUGUCUUGCCAAAACUGAAUAAAACAGCUGUAGACAAAGCAAAAUAUUUCACACAAAGUGAUGUAGACAGUGAUAGAUUUGAUGACCCAUAUCAAGCUGCUAUGAGAACCUUUUUUUAGGUGGUUAUAAAAAGAGUUGUAUUUUCUAUUUAAGAGCCCCAUGAAUAACUUGAUAUGCCUUGUAAAGUCGUUAUGGGUUUUUAUGACGUCUAAGGACUGUUACAGCUUUCAGUAAUCAGGGUGAUGACAUCCUGCUAAGCUAAUCUAUUGAUGGUUUAAAAGGUGCAGCAAAAGAGAUAACAUUUCUGCUAAUGUUUCUAUACUGUACGAGUUUAUACAUUUUCUUUCUAUUUUCAAGCCAAAUUAUUAUGUCAAAAGCCUAAUGUAUUUUUUAAUCCACCCAUCUUAUUUGGUAAGUGUGUAACAGACGUGUUAUAUUUUUAUACAGAUUUUUUCUUGUGAGAUGAGAUAUUUCAAAGCGCAUACAUUUUUGAGCCACUGAAGUAUGUAUUUUGUAUGUUGUUAAAAUUCAAUUUUUGGUAAUUUAAAAAAUGCAUUUAAUGCCAAGGUUUUGCAAGAUUUCUACACUUCUUGCUAAAGUUAGAUAAGAAACUAGAGACCAACUGAAAAGUUGCUGAUAAGCUAAAGACCAUUUUGUAAACUUCAAGUAUGUGCCCUGUUUUUAUAUUUUUGUGACAUUAUAUUGAGAGAGAAAUUGUUGUUUAAUUUAGAAUUUAAAUCAUCAUUUUAUUUAAAAUUUCAAGUAUUUCUGAUACAUUGUAACUAGAAUUAAGAUUUAUAUCUGAGGGCUCCCGAGUGGCGCAUCCAGUAAAGGCGCUCUGCGCGGAGUGCAGGAUGUGCCCUAUAGCCUGGAGAUCGCAGGUUCGAAUCCAGGCUAUGUCACAGCCGACCGUGACCGGGAGUUCCUAGGGGGCGGCGCACAAUUGGUUGAGCACUGCCCGGGUAGGGAGGGUUUAGGUCGGCAGGGGAAUCCACGGCUCACCGCGCAUCAGCGACCCCUGUGGCAGAUAGGGCACCUGUGGUUCUGCAGUGGAGCCGCCAGAUCUCUGUUGUCCUCUGGCACUAUAGGUCUGGUGGCAUUGCUGUGGAUCUGCAGUGCGAAAAAUGACGGCUUGGCAGGAGCACGUUUCGGAGGACGCGUGUUUCAGCCGGGGGGGUUUGCGAGCGGUGAGCCGAGGAUACAGAUAAUAAUUGGGCAUAAAACUAAAUAAGACUAAAUUUUAACAAAAAAAAAAAAAGAAAAAAAAAAAAAAGAUUUAUAUCUGAAGCAAUAAUAUGUAUCACAUUCUUGCAUUGAAACAGACUUGAAAAGCCUUAAUUUCUAAAUUGAAGUUUGUCACCCAUUCGUGCUUGUUCAAUAUUGUAUUUUUAUAUUGCUACACCAUUUCUUUGAGAAAAUGAAUGUGCUAUAUGAAAUACAUUUUAUUAUUUAGGAUCUGCACUCAAAAGUAAUUGUUUUGAAAUAAAGUACUUUAUAAGUAGUCAAAGGUUUUUCUUCUAAAUACACUCAAAGUCAAAACAGUGUAGUCUAUUCAAUUGAUCAAUACUACAGUGGUGGAUCUAAUUGUCAUUAAAAUUACAUAUUGUUACAGACAGAAAUAGACUAAAUACACUAAUAAGCACUGUUAGAUGUUUAAUUUCCUGUUGCUUAGUUCAAUUGAAUAUACUCCUCUGAAUCUGUUUAAGGAUAACACAGUUUUUGAUUUUAAAAAAGUGUAACAAACUGUGCUGUUCUUCCUCACAGAUUUAACACAUGUAUUUUCUUUGAUCACACACUCAGGGACAUGUUAUUUUAAGCUUUUUUACCCUUUAAAAGUUUGCUGUAGUUUUUUUCAAAGUGGAAUAAAAUACUGUUAACUUUGAAAAACUUGCAUGAUACAAAUUGAAAACA